GUCUCAUGGUGAGGGUAAAACCUCGUUUUCAAUCAGCGAGAGAGAGAGAGAGAGAGAGAGACUGGUGCGACCUGCAGAGCUAUUCCUCUUCUGCGUGAAGCAGCAGCCCAAAGACCUGCCGUUAAGAUUCUGAUGAUGCUUGCCAAUUGAGCUGCUCUUGUAGAAAGUAAAGAAUGGUUUUAGUCUUAGCCCUAGGGGAUCUUCACAUUCCUCAUAGGGCACCUGAUCUGCCAGCAAAAUUCAAAUCUAUGCUCGUUCCUGGGAAGAUUCAACACAUCAUAUGCACGGGAAAUCUUUGUAUCAAAGAAGUUCAUGAUUAUUUGAAGAGCCUUUGCCCUGACAUGCAUGUUACUCGAGGUGAAUAUGAUGAAGAUUCGCGUUAUCCAGAGACCAAGACACUUACAAUUGGUCAAUUCAAGCUUGGAUUAUGCCAUGGUCAUCAGGUUAUCCCUUGGGGAGACCUGGAUUCUUUAGCCAUGCUCCAGAGACAGUUAGAUGUGGACAUCCUUGUGACUGGGCAUACCCAUCAGUUCAAGGCCUAUAAACAUGAGGGUGGCGUUGUCAUAAACCCUGGAUCUGCCACUGGUGCAUACAGCAGCAUCACCUAUGAUGUUAACCCAAGCUUUGUCCUCAUGGACAUUGAUGGCCUCCGUGUUGUGGUUUAUGUCUAUGAACUCAUUGAUGGAGAGGUGAAGGUUGACAAGAUUGACUUCAAGAAGACAGCCACGACUCAUUCCUCGCACUGAACAAGGCUUUUGUUGCCCUUGAUGGACUUCUUCUACUCCCUGUUCUUUAGAAUCUGAGCAUAGUGUUGUGCAUGUGAUCUUGUCAUUUGGGCAUUGUGAUGGUUGUGUUUCCUAAUUUGUAUCAAAUUUUAGAGAGAUUGUUGAAGACUGUUUCGGAAAAUAAUAAUAAUAAUUCAAACA